UCUCUCUGUAUCUAUAUAUUAUGAUUUGCCUCUUAUAUGGUUACAGUUUAAUUGUGGUGGUCCGGUUCAAUCUAAUUGAGAAGAAUAGACCGACAAGAGUAUAUUAACAUAUUACAAAGGAAUAACAUUAGAACGGUGUAACAUUAGAAGACUUAGUUGUUGAAUUAGCUCAUGAGAAGCAUGGAAUGCCAUACUAUAUAUAUAUAAAUUGAAUUUUAUAUGGCCUCAAAUCUUAAACGGACCGUAAUUUUUUUAAUGUUUGUUUAAAUGAAGCCAGUAAAUCUACCUUAAGUAGAAAAGGGAAAGAAAUGAAAAACCACCACCACCACUUCCUCCAUAUUACAUUACACAUAAUUUACAAGAAUUAAGGUGUGACACAUUACUUUUACCUUUGAUCAUCAACACCAUUAAUUUCAUAAAAAUAUCAAUGUUGAAUGCUCUAAGUCUGUAACAACAUAAAGUACUGUGUCAAAUGUACAAAACAGUAUAUAUAUUUCGGGAAAACCUUACCAAGAAUAUAUUUUACAAAAAAUACUGUAAAGAGAGUACGAGCUCGUCGAAGAGAUCCUCAUCAGUACCAUAUGUUGUGUGUGUGAAGAAAAAGAAUUAUACUUGUGAAAAGAUGAGAGGCCAAGCAUCAGAAACCCCACAUUAAAAGGAAAAAGAAAAAGGACACGUAUAUCACAUGCCACUGAAUAAUAUAAUGCUCUCAAUUUGAGAGUAAAGCAGAAUCAAUUAACUGUGAGAAGAAUAACAUACCUACCCUUUAUUUAAUAUGCCUGGAGGAAGAGGAAGAGGAAGAGGGAGAGGAAGAGGAAGGAAUAAUAUAUUUUACUAUAAAAGGCAACUGUUGGAAACCAAUUAUAUUACUAUAAACUUCCAGAAGUGGAGGAAAUGAAGAGGAGGCUGAGGAGCUAGCUAGCGUCCACUUUCCUUAAUCAUGUCAAGGGCGUCGACAUCAUCAGAAAAAGAAAAGGCAGCUGGAAGUAGGGAUGAUGAUAUAAUUAAAUAUAUACACCUAUAUAGGGCCUUGGUGAAGGGUGAUUUGGGAGGUAUGAAAGCAUAUCUUGAUGUACAUCCAGAUGCAAUAUCUGCUAAGAUCUCCACAUUAGGGGAAACACCUCUUCAUAUUGCUGUUUCGCAUUGCCACGCGGAGUUGGUGGAGGAGCUUCUUGGCAGGAUGGGUCGUAUAGUGAGUAGUAUCAGUAGUAUAAUAGAUGAAUAUGGUGACACGCCCCUUCAUAUUGCUGCCAGGAGUGCUUCUGACACAACCAUAACAUAUGCAUUAGUUCAACACUCACCUUCUCUCAUGGCACUGGGAGAUGCAGAUGGACAACUCCCACUCACUCUCGCUGCAAUUUACUACAGGAAGAGGAGUAGGAGAUGCAGAUGGACAACUCCCACUUUUUCUCGCAGCAAUUUGGAUAUUUUAGGGUGGGGCGGUUGGAUUGUUGCCCAACAUUCUCGCAAUUAUUAUGAAGAAAAGAAAUGGACGAUGUUCACCGAAUUUAUUAUGAGCGAGCAAUUUGGUUUGGCACUGGGGAUCUGGAACAUGGAGAAACCAGAAUUGAUGACUUUUAAAGAUGAUGACUUGUAUAGAAUGGCAGAGAUGGCCUCUGUAUUCUCGACUGCAAAUCAAUUCACAAAUUUUGAGAGAUGGCUAAUCAACUGUAUAAAUAAUUAUAAUGAAGCUAUAUUUGCACCUACCAGUUCCGAAGUGAUCCGUUUUCUGAAAGCAUUAAUGUUCUGCGUUCUAGUUGCUCUUCAAGCAAUAGUGACUAAGGAAGAUAUAUCAAAAAAGAAGGAAGAAAACAUGCAUGCCAGUGAACUACUCAGCCAUAUGUGUUCCCCAGUAUGGACUUUCGAUUCUAAACAUGUUGGAGUAUACUUUGAGGCAAUAAAAAGAGCCAUCAAAUGUGGGAAUGUUGAAUUUGUCGAGGAAGUCCUGAGGUCGAAUCCUGCUUUGUUAUGGGGGAAUAGGAAAAGCGGAAGCAUAUUUCACAUUGCUGUAGCUUACCGUCAGGAGAAAAUAUGGAACCUCAUUUAUGGUUUAACAUCUGUACAGAGAAACAAAAUCCUUGGAACUCUGUUAGAAAAGAACAGCAUACUACAUAUAGCUGCAUGCCCGAUGGUAACCUCUGAAAUCAUAGGAGUUCCAGAUGAAGCUUCAAAAAUGUUGCAACAAGGAGAACAACCGUUCUGGAAGGUAUUCAGUAAGGCCCCAGGUGCAGCUAUGAAAGUGCAGAGAGAACUACAAUGGUACAAGGAUGUAGAGAGGAUGGUACCAUCUUCAUACAGAAUUCUUGCUAACGAAAAGGGAGAAACACCUCCAGUUUUGUUCUCAAAAUGGCAUUCUGAAUUAGUCAAAGAAGGAGAAAAAUGGUUGAGAGAUACAGCAACAUCAUGUACGAUUGUGGCCACUCUCAUUGUCACUGUUAUGUUUGCUGCAGCCUUCACAUUACCAGGUGGUACUGAUGAUGAGUCAGGGAACCCCAAGUUCCUAGGGCGUAACUCCUUUAUGGUUUUCAUUAUAUCAGAUGCAUUAUCUCUAUUUUCUUCAGCUACUGCAGUGUUAAUGUUCCUAAGCAUCCUCACUUCACGCUUUGAGGAAAAAGACUUCCUCAAGGCAUUACCCAAAAGAUUGAUAAUUGGUCUUGCCGCCCUUUUCGUGUCUAUUGCCGCCAUGAUGGUAGCUUUUGGUUCCACUCUUGUUAUUGUGCUUGGCGAACGGAUAAGCUGGGCUGCUGCUCCAGUCACUUUGCUUGCUAGCGUCCCAGUAACCUUAUUUGCUUUACUGCAAUUUCCGUUGUUUGUUGACAUGGUCUCAUCUACCUAUGGUGGUAUCUUCAAUAGAAAAACAAAAUGUUCCUUCUUCAACAACCCAAAUAACUAUGUUCCCGGAGAAGGCAGAGAUUCUUUUAAUGUAUAAUUAAUAUGCAAUGAUUGUGGAUAUUAUUAUGUCAUUUACAUAAUUCUUAAUUAUCGUGGUUCAAUAUAACUGCUAUUUGUA